UCGAUGACAGUAAUUUGAUGUUUCAAGGAAUUCACAAUUCAAAAGUGAGAGAAUGUUUCGUUCGUACUAUACGUACGCGCUGGUGCAGCUGCUCCUCUUUGCGUCCGUCUACGUGGUGUACUUUCGGGCGACGGAUAUCGGGAUCCUGGAACCGCAGGCGAUGGAGUCGCUCAAGGAACGAGUUCCGGCAGAUCGUCUGGUGGUUUUCGUCAAGGACGGGCUUCGUGCCAAUACCUUUUUCGAGGACUACUGCAACAACCUGCCGCUGCUGCGGCAGCUGUUCCACAAGCAGGGUCUAGUGGGGAUAUGUCACCCCGCGGAAGCGCCCACCGAUUCGAAGUUCUCUUCCUAUUUGGCCCUUUUCGCGGGCUUCUAUGAGGAUGCGGCAUCGGUUGCCCACAACUGGCUGCUGAAUCCGGCCCCGUUUGACUCGAUCUUCAAUCGCAGCACCUACAGCUAUGCCUGGACCACGGCCCAUAUGAAGCAACGCUUCCCAGACAUCGACCUGCCUACAGUUCUCAGUCCCGAAGUCACGCCGGGCGUGCGAAAGAACUGCAACGAGAUGGAGGAAUCGGUCAUUCGGGCCGUGGAAUUGUUUCUGUUGAGCGAAUCUCAGGAGUUGCAGGAGCACAGAGGCCUCUUCUUCUUCGUGCAUCUGAUGUUGGGAGAAGAUGCCAGUGGUGCACCUGCCACGUGCGAAAAUCUCAAGUUCACGGAUCGCAGUGUGUGGAAAAUGUACAAUCGCUUCGAGGACUGUUUUCCAGACCAACGAACAGCCUAUCUGCUGACCUCCGACUUUGGACUUCCACAUUCUUGUGGAGGCCCGAACAAAAGCAAUAGCCUCGUGGAGGCUCCGUUCUUCCUCUGGGGCUCUGGCGUUAAUCAUCUUACGACCAUUCGAGGCCGCAGCUUUGUGGUCAAUGCCCAGAAGAUGAGGCUGCCGCUGCAUGUACUGAGUCCCAUUCAGCUGACAACCUUGAUGAGCGCACUUCUGGGUCAGGCGCCGCCGGCGAACAAUCGCGGAGAGCUUCCAAGAGGUCUUCUCAGGACUAGCAAACGAUAUGAGGCCCACGCCAUGCACACGAACGCGCUCCAAUUGCUGGCGCAAGCGCGACACCUGCGGAAGCGCCACAGGUCUGGUCUCUUCUCCCGAAUAAUGCCAGCGCACUGGCUAAACACCAAGCUGAUGGACAGCUUCGUGAAGUCGAGUCACGUCCUGAAACAGCAGCAGCGCUUCAGGUCCUUGCUGGAGUUCACCAGCAACUUUAUGCCUGUGAUUGUUAAGUGCAUCGACUACUUCAUGGAUUACUAUCGCUACGUCCUCGUGGUGGCCGCCUCCAGUGCUUUGCUCGGAUGGGUCUAUUGCUUGCGUUGUCAUUUGGAGAGACCAGGACAGUCGAGCGACUCUGAUGAGAUUUCGGAAGGAUUAUCCGACUGCCUGUGGGGAUCCACCAUCAUCUCUCGUGCGGUCACGCUCUUCCUCGUAGCCCUCAUGUGUCUCCAAAGAGUCCCCUUGCUGGUGCAGGCCGUUUUUCUGCUGCCCGCCCUCGUGUGGAUCCUGGCACUGAAAACACUGAAAAGGAGUGGCAAUAUGGUGACCAUCUGCGGCUUGCUGUUGCCUCUGGUGCUAGCACUGAUCUGCCUCGGUGGCUUCUUUCGACGAUACAUCAUGGCCCUGGGAUACCUGAGUUUCGCUUGCUACAGCACUCGGAGUGCGUUUCGAGUGCGCGGCCCCCAGUUCUAUCUGUGGAUGCUGCUGCUCCUAGGACUCGCAUACAUCUCCGUUCUUCCCGAAUCCAUUGGCUGCUCGGAACGCUAUAUUCUACUGAUCAGCAUUCCGCUCACAUUUGUGCGCCCCCUGGCAUUUGGUGUCUGUCCCAAUGGGAUGCCUUGGAUGAUUAAUGGCGCUAUACUGCUGGCCGCCUUCGUUCAUGUUGCAGUUGCUCCGGUGCCCUGGAUGAUGGUUCUGGCGUCGUGGGCGUACUUCUUCCAUAUCGCAUAUCUUCAACGACGCAGUGUCCAGAUCAUAGAGCUGAUCAUCUUCAACCUGAGCACGCUCUACACACUGACCUGUACAUCGUACGAGACGCUGGUUAUUCAGAUGCUUGCGAUGGAACUGAAACUAGGACUGCAACUGAGACAGAGGAGCACCGACAUACAUUGCAUCAAACCAAGGCCGACUGCCAUGUACAUACUGGUGUACAGCUUGUACUCCAUCUUCGUGUCAGGCAGCAUUCCUGCUUUGGUUGUGGACUUUCCCCGGAUCCUUAACGAAACCUGUUUCGGCUACACAAUCUGGACCGGUGGCCUGGUGAUGGCGUUGAAGCUCCUGCUGCCCUGGUUCCUCAUGCUCUGCAUCCUGGGAGAUGCCUAUAAAGAUGUGUGGUCCCAGGAACGCCAGAUCUUUGCCUGGCUGAUGUUCAUGUGUAGCACCAUGUCCGUCGGGCUCCUGUUGUGCGUCGUCAAUCACGGUUCCGGGCGGAAAAUCGUCAGCAGUGUCGCGGCCCUUGCCGUGGUGCAGGUGUUUCCUUUCCUGUGGCUCCAGCUGUGGCGCCUGGCCAACUCGAAGGUGGGCAACAAGUGGAUCUCCCAGCUCUCGAAUGCGCCUCCCCCCAUAAAACAAAACUUAAAUCUUAGCGCUUAG